AUGAUGACAACGGCAACUUCACAUGGAGCUCAAGGAGCCUUUAAUUGCGGACCAAGUGAAGCCCUGGACUACUCAUUUUCUUCUAUGGUCACUCCAAUGACAGCAACCAAAACUCACUUACAGGACUGGGGUGAUGCAGAGCUGAACUCUGAUUACAGCAGGUUGUAUCGAAUUUCUCAAAAGGCUACGAGCGCGGAUGACCCAAAGUGUGAAUGUAAAAGAUAUUUGCGCAAGCGAGAUAAAUUGCAAAAAUAUUUGUUCAUUCCCCACGCAAAAGGCCCAUGUCGCUGGGAAGCAGUUGCCACCCCGACGGGGGUCGAGAUUCAAAAUGGCUACUUCGGAGUUGGUGCUGAGCGUAUUGUGAAGUUCAUGGACGUCGUGGAUGCCGCGGGGAAUGUCGUUGCCACCCCGCUAGUAGCUAAGGCGACCAAAAAGGAGUCGGGGCACAAGCAGGGCCGAACAUUUCACAUCCCGUUUUUUAUGACACAGUUCACCGCCCAAGACCAGAACGUGGCUCGCGAUUCAUUCUUGGGUUGCUGCCUGUGUGAGUACUUUAAUUUUGAUGCAGACGAGUACCAGUGGGUUCUUUGCGAGAAACGUCUAGAUCGAUCGAAGUAUCGCAAGUGGAACGACAACGGUAAGUACGUGAGGGGCUUCGCUGAACCACUGGGGCAUCGUCAAACCCAAAGAAAACCGUCGCUGCUGAAUCAGAACCGGUUGAUCAAAGACCGUCGAGAGUUGUUUGAUAUAAACCCUGACGAAGAUAUAAGUGAGACUAUAAAUGACGAAGCUGACGAAGAGGAGCUUCGGAACAGAUAUCGAGCCCAAUAUAAACGGAGAAAAACUCUUAGAAGCUUCAAUGAUGAGGGAGAUACCUUGAGCCCCCAAACCGACCAGUGUAUAUUGUCGAAGGAGCUAUCUACAGCACCGUGCGACACCUGGAACGAUUCUGAGUCAUCCUACGAGUGUUUGGGCCCAUCUGCCAUGCUUGUCGAUGCAAACCCAACAAUAUUGCAAGCCUUUACACACUAUACCUACGCACGGAGUAGACGUACGCUGAUGGUGUGUGAUCUACAGGGUGUAUUGGAUCAUACGAGAACACCAGCCGUGUUUGAGUUCACCGACCCGUGGAUUCACCAUCGCACCACUAAACCAAACCAGACACAUAUUGGCAGUAAGACGAGAAUGGGAAAGCGAAAGGCGUUCGGAAACACCGAUCUUGGGCGCGCAGGUAUGCGCAAAGUUUUCCUAAGCCAUACAUGCAACGCCGUGUGUGACAUACUUGGUAUCAUGGAGAUGAAAGAGAUUGACAAGAAUACGGGUGAACUAUACGUGAGCGCGCCUGGAAUCGACGACAAAAUCGAAAACAAAAUCGACGACGACUUCUGAGCAUCACAUCCAGUCUCCUGGCGCAACCCCU